AACAAAGAAGUGCUUCUCACUUUGUCUAAGGGAGAUAAUGAUACAAAAUAAUACGCGUGCACUUCCUUUGGCAAUGUCUGCAAAGCAGUUCUGAAACACAAUGCAAGACUCUUUUGAAGAAGACCCGGAGAACUACAAAACGGUCUGUGUUGCUGCAAGAGUAGGGGAUUUGGUUGGAUUACAAGAACUCGUGUGGAAUGGUCGUCCAGUGGAUGUGUUUGACAACCGAGGUUGGAGCCCAAUACAUGAAGCUGCCAGUGGGGGCUUUCCGGGGUGCCUUGAAUUUCUCCUCAGACAGCCAUCAGUUGAUGCAGACUGGCAGACUCAUGAGAAAGAAACUGCAAUGCUGCUAGCAGCAAGGCAGGGAAACUCUCAGUGCGUUCGAGCCUUGGUAAAUGCUCAGGCCGACAUUGACUUGGCAACUGAUGAGGGCUUCUCGCCACUGUGGGAAGCUAUCCAAUGCUGCAAUGUAGACUGUAUCCGCCUGCUGGUGAAAAAAGGAGCAGACGUCAAUCAGCGAGUAUACACAGGCUAUACCCCUCUACACCUAGCAGCUGAACGAGGGUAUGCAAGUAUCCUAGAUUACCUUCUAAAGCAUGGGGCCAAGCAGGAUGUGCGUGCAGACCACAACCUUACACCAAUUUUUCUUGCAGCCCAUUGGGGGCAUGUGGACUGCCUACGAAUUUUGCUACGUUCUGCAAAAGAUGAAGGUAACCUGGCACUCGUAAAUGUUGCGGCAGCUGAUAAUGCCACACCACUGCUGAUAGCAGCUCAAGAGGGCCAUGAAGCUGUGGUUGACCUUCUCCUUGAAUAUGGGGCUGAUGCAAAUAUUUUGGUCACAGACACUGGGGCAGGUCCUCUACAAUAUGCCAUUUAUAAAGAACAUGCAAGGUGUGUGCACAGUCUUUUGCCUGCUACAAAACUGUCCAUGUUUAAAGACAACUUUUCUGACAUGCAUCCAUUGGUACAAGCACUGCAAUGGCAAGACACUACGAUUCUGCGCAUGCUCUUGGCAGCAGGACUUGAUGCCUUUCAGUCACAACUGCUAGAUCCUGAUCAGGCAACUGAACUCUCUCUGCUGGCAGAGGGAGGAUUGCCAGGCCGAAAGGCUUCUCUUCUGUGUCACAUCCGAAAGUCAUGGCCCUUAGAAGGUGCUAAACUUCUCCUAGAACAUGACCUGUCUCCCAUCGCUCAAGAUGAUGAAAUUCCACCUUUGUUGGUUGCAAUGUGGAGGAAUGCGUUUCCAUUGUUUUGCCUGCUACUUCGGUACAAUGCCCCACCCAACAUAUACCACCAUAACAUUUGUGGUAAUGUGGCUAUGUUACUUGCCUUGAGGAAGGACUUGGAUAACUGCUGCCUUGGCCAUAGCAUCAAUGUGAAUUCCAAUCAUGCCAAAACCAAGGAUAAACAUGUCUGGCUAGAACACAGGAAACGGUCUUAUGUGUGGCGAUUGUUUGUAGCAGGUGGCGAGGUAGAGUCUCUAUUCUCUGAAGACAUCGAUGUAAAUAACGAAGGGCAAGGUGUCUCUGGGCUCAGUAGCCUGCUGAAAAACUGUGUACACAGCAAAGAUAUGGUAGUAGCCACAGUGGCUUUUUUGUUGACUUUAGCUUGCAAUGUUAGGUUGCCAAAGAGUGUUUUAUCUCUGCUGCCUGAAGAAGAUACCAAAGAAAUCAUCCACAUCACAGAUUCAACUCCCACACUGGCUCAUGCUUGUCGUGUGAAACUCAUGCGCACUAUUGGGAAUAAGGGUCGCUACACUCCCAGCAUAAUUACUUCCCUUAGGCUGCCAGAGACUUUGAGGGAGUAUCUUCUAUUUUCAGAUUUGGAUCCAUAUAUUGGAACAUUGGGCUGUAUGGUGUCCCUUCCAAACUCAUAGUGUUUUGUCAUUUUUACCGUCAUGCCACUUGAUGUUUUUUUUCUCUAUUUUUUUUUUUUUUAAACAGAUUUUUGUUUGUGGGGUAGACUUGCGAGCCUUCAACUCAAGACUCACCUGUCAUCACGUGUCAUGAAAAGGAGCAUUCCUAAACUGUGUAACUAUAUUUUCUGUUGUGAUGUACACAACAUCCAUAUUGCAUCAGAUUAUACAUGUGUUUGUGGUAGGUAUCACAACUGGAAGAUUCUAUCAACUCUGUAGUUAUGAACCAGAGGUACGCUUGCUCCUCCAAGUUUGUGUUAUCUCAGCUAAAUACAGCCCAGCAAGCCCUUUGUAAUCACAGCUGUGGACUGAAUGUAAGAUUGGGACCUCUGGAUUUUAACCCAAUCUCUUAGGUCUGUGCCUGUUUUCAAAUGUGGGACUUCCCAGUUCAUAGCUGACCAUGACGUAGAAUUAUGUCUGCUUCAUGACUACGGCCCAUGGGGAAUAUUUAGCUGUGAGUUCUUUCAGCUUAAGUUAGUUUUAGUCUGUAUGUCUGUGAGGAUGACAUGUAAAAGCUGUUUUAUUCCUUGGGAAAAAAAAUAGAUUGAUGCUAUAAAUUCCCCUUCUUAAUCACCCCACCAACUGUUAAUCCCUUUUUUAAUUAUUAAUCCUACAGUAAAUAUGCAAUAUAGUAAACAUGCUAGAUCACACUUUAUUAGGAGAGUGGGAGAGAGUAUUUUAAUAAAGAUUUCCCUAGUCUUUGUGAAGAAAGCUUAUGCAAGGAUACAACAUCGUUUGGCAGCAGGAUUGGGAUUUAGCUGCUUUUAAUUAGUAAAACAUGUUUCCACUAAUCCUGCUCUAACUGUUAAAGCAGGGAAUCAUUGAAUGAAUGUGGAUAAGACACUUUAAGUUCAUGUGCCCAUACUUCUUGUCAGGACUGGAAGUUUAACUGAACUUUCCAACACUGUAUGCAGGAAAGUUAACUUGGAACAAAAAUGGAAAUGUUGGUGCAGAAAUAAUGCAUUGUUGCAUAAGAGGUAUUCUUGACUUGUCAAUCAUCAUUGCAAUAUUGCAUUUAGUUGUUAGUUUGCAUGCUUGGAAUAAAUCCCAUUUGCUCACUCACUGUGUGUUGUCUUUUAAUUUAGGGCAUUUGAAACAAGAAUCUUUUGGGCAUCACAUUCUUUAUUGUGUGAACAUGGUUUUAUCAUACUGUAAAAUGCUAGCAGUAUUUGUGAGUGGUUCAGGUGGGUGGAGAUCUGUGUUCAUGUCAGUAUGGGUGACUAAGGAACUAGGUACGUUUUGUGAUUAGACAAUAAGCUUAAGGAAUAGAAGACAGAGAGGGUGCUAACCAUGCUAACUAAGAGCAGAUAUUUUGUGUGAACCAGGAAGGUUCCUUGAUUGUAUUUACCUGUAAACCUGCAUAGCUCCUCAGUUUCCCAUGAUAUGCAAGGGUUUUGAGGUAAUGGUUCUAAUACUAAGUUUCUUUCAUUGUGUAAAUGUAUACAAUGAUUUGUAAUACAUCAGAUUUUUUUUAAACCAUUUUAAUAAUUCUGAGGUAUGUGUUCAUUAAGAUAAAGGCAGUAGCUUCGAUAGAGGAGCGUUUUUUAAGUUAUGCAGUGCAGUUUUACUGCCAUUAGUUGAAAAUGCAGUCCCUACUCAUUAUCCUGCCACUAAACAUUCACAAAUAUUCGACAUUAGGCGAAAGUGAUGACAUAAAAGAUGGUAUAGGACUCAUGACUUGGGUUAAGGGAUAAGUUUAAGGAAAAUCAGUUCUUCCACAAAACAUGGUGAUAUACAUCGAUGGAUUGUGGGGUUUUUUUUUUUUUUUUGUUUUCGGGGGUUUCUUGCAGUGUUAGUGCUCAUCCUUCUCAAAUUUCUACUAUGUUGCUUUUUACUAAUAGAGUGAUAUUCUUCAAGGUCAGUAUGUCUAAAUGAUACUUUAUGACUCAACAAAAUAUUCACUCUCAGUGACAUUCUUUAGUAGUGUGUCCAAUAACACAACCACUGAUGAAAAUCCAGAAGUGCAUUAGCAACAUGUCAAACAUUUUAUGCUACAAUCCUCCCUGUCUUAUUGUUGUUGCAGUCCUGUUGAAUGUGGAAAUUUGUUUUGAACUUGGGUUUCUAAUUUUUGCACCUUUAUUAUACAUGUUUGCUUGUCAACUGUUGCCAUCAUGCCUAUGCUUUUCUCAUUCCCACAAAUACUAAAUUUAGUGAGAUGGUGAAUUUGGGAGGUUUUAUGACACCAAAAGCUUCAUGCUGCAGAUUUGCAGAUAUGAACACUGAUUAUCAUGAAUUGGAAGGUGAUAUUUCUAGUUGCCUUUUUAAAAUCCUUCGAUCCAUACAUAAUUUUGUCAUUAAUCAAAAAAAAAAGUCGGUCCUUUUUUCUAGUUCCACUGUAUUUUUUAAAAGCUGGUUGAAAUGUGUGUUCCUUAUUUCCCAAAAGAAAACAUGUUAUGCUAUUAUUGAUAAUGAAUUUCAGUCUUCACAACCAAAGAAAAUUAAGUAACAAAGCCUGAUCUCACAAUUGUCAUAUGAAAACUACCUAUUUGCAAAAAAGCAUGGCCAAUUUUAGCACAUCAUCAGCAGUCUGUGCAUACAUUAUUGUCUAUGGCUGGACAGGUUGUAGAAGUUUUAGAAACAUGUUGCUUAAAUUGGGAAUGGUGCUGUGCUUUAAUCAAUUUGUAGAAGAAUGGGGUUUUAUUUUGCUUCUGCUUCAGUUUAUAUUAUAUUUUGUUAGGUUUGAUAAUUAAUGAACAUGAUUGAAAAAGACAACGUUUGUAUUGGGCUCAGUACAAAAUGUUAUACUUUUUACAUGAUAUAACAACACCAACUUAAA